CUUUCAUUCAUUCUACAUCCUCGCCAGAAAACCUCAAACCAAAACGUCUGCAGUCGGGCUGAGAUGCGGGUCGCACUCGCUUUGUGCAUUGGCGGUGCCUGCCUGUACGCGUCGAGGUCGAUCAUGUCGCUGGCCAUGGUUCCGAUGCACGACGAGCUCGGCUGGGACAAGUCCGUUUCGGGCGUCGUGCUGUCCUCCUUCUUUGCAGGGUACACGCUCACCCAGGCGGUCGGCGGCACCCUUGCAGAUCGCUACGGCGGUGUCCGUGUGCUUGGCCUGGCCGCGCUGUUCUGGCUGCUCACGACGGUGGCCAUUCCGGUUGUAGCGCCGUAUGGAACACUUGCGGUUGUUGUGACGCGCUUCCUCACAGGCUGCUUCCAGGGCUUCCACUACCCGUCCAUGAUGCGGAUUCUGUCUCACGAUGUCGCUGCUGCCGAGCGGGAGGCUGCAACUUCAAUUGCGUGCUCGGGCGCGUACAUCGGAACACUCGUCUGCGGCACACUUGGCACGCUGAUGAUUGACAAGCUCUCGUGGCAGAUUGCAUUCUACCUUGUCGGUGGCAUCGGGUUGCUGUGGCGUGGACUCAUCUGGCAAGCGGUGACUGACAGUCCCAUCAAACCCAGCCACAGCACCCUCGACCUCGGCGCGUCAAACAACCCCAGCGCUGAUUUAUCGAUCGCGGUUACCUCGCACGGGGCGAAUGCAGACCAUGUGGUUGCGCUUCCGGCCUCCGCUUUGUCUAGCGGACAGGCGUCUUCAACAAAGCAAACGUUCGUGUACCAAGCGUUCGCGUUUCCCGCCACUUGGGUCAUGCUGCUGGCCCAUAUGUGCUGCGGCGCCUUCACUUUUGUGCUUGUAACAUGGCUCCCAACUUACUUUUCAGACCUGAAAGCGGCUGCUGCGACCAAGGCGCACCGACAUGCUUCAAGCAACUCUCCCGUCCACCAUUCGCUGUCUGUGGUCGACAAUGCGUUGCCCUGGGCGUGCGUAUUUCUGUGCACGUUGGCUUCAGGUCGCGUGGCACAGUAUCUCCUCCACCGACACUGGGAUUUGACACGCGUGCGAAAAACCAUGCAGGGCAUUUCUCUUGUGGGCCCAGCCGUGUGCUUGUUGGCGCUGUGUCACGUCGAGUCCCCGUCGAUGGCGCUCAUUUUGAUGUGUCUCGUCCUGGGAUGUGGCGGCUUUUCCACCUCAGGCACCAUGUCAAACCCCCAAGACAUUGCGCCUGCACACGCCGGUGCACUCUUUGGCAUCAUCAACUCGCUGUCGGCCUUCUCUGGUGUGGUGUUUGUGACUCUCACCGGCCAUCUUCUCGAGACAACGGGGCAGUGGUCGAGCAUUUUCUUCCCGUUGGCAGUUUUCUGUAUGCUGGGAGCCAUUGGCUACUCGGCGCUGGGUACAGCACGGCGAUUGAUAUAGCCGCUUUCCAUUUCCGUUGGCGUAUUGAGCAUGUCCCAUUCAACCACCGAGCUGCAGCUCAAUUGUUAAGCAUUUUUUUGUCAAAGCUUUGUAAUUUUGUUUGAUUUUCCUUUUCCUUACUGUUUCGAUUCCACGUUUUUUUAUUCCCCAAUUCAUGUACUAAAAGUGACAUUUUUUUGUUGAUGCUCCG